AUGGAAACACCACCACCAAUUUCUAAAUCAGCAUCAUCUGUGGAAACUAGUGUGACGAAACUAUUGAUUUCAACUAAACAACUAUUACAAAUUCUGACGCAAUGGUCCAAGGGCAAAGUUACCGAGCGUAAUGUUUCCGAUGUGUAUGUUCAAUUGGGUAAUGAUUUCAAGUUAGUCAGUAGACAUUUUACCCAUGCUAGAAUUGAUAUUUCGGAUCUUGGCGAUGUGCCAAAAGACCUUCGAAGAAUAUUGGAGGUGGCAUUGAGAGAGACUGCAUCUGAGGAAACGUUGAAUAAAUACCUACCGCAGAUCAGAGAUAUUAUAGUUAAACUCUUGGAGAAACUUAAGGUUAAACAGGCGAUGAUAAAACUGAGCAGGAAUGAAGAUGCUUUGAAAUAUCAGCAUACUCCUCAAAGAUCUUCCGUUUCAUCCGUAGUCAGCGCAACGACAUCUUUGGCUGGCGCGGGACCGACAUCUACUUCAGCUCAUAUUGAAACAAAACAGAUACCUACGUUAGAAGUUCCCAAGGGUUCUGAAAGCGAUGCGUUAACUCAAUUGAAAAAGGGAAAUAAUCUGCAAAGAAGAGCCUCGAAGAGGUUUUCAGCGUAUCAUAUGGCGAAAUUAGCCAACCAAACAGCUUCAGAUCCAUCGAAUUCCCCAACGUCUAAAAAUUUAGCAGUUCCAGCCGCUGCUGCAGCGGCAGCAGCGGCCAAUGUUUCUGAUACAGAAAGCAUUAAAAUGGAAAGACAGCCUUCUCGAAUCUCUUCUGCUUCAUCCGUAGAUUAUCAUCCCAUGACAGGAGCACCAGAACCAAAAGGUGAUAACUCAAGCAUAGAUGAAAUUGUUGUCUUUUUGAAGAUCGGUGAGAAGGUGAAACGAUGUGUAACUAGUUCUCACCUCUCUUUCAACAAGCUUAGACUUUUAUUUGUUGAGAAAUUUGCAUAUUCCCCAGGAGGUGAUGUAUUCCCUGACAUAUAUGUGAAGGAACCCAAAUACGAGGCAUUUUACGAACUUGAAGAGAGUCACCUACAUGGUAUAAUAGAUGGGAGCGUAUUCCAAUUACAGGUACAAUCAUCGUCUCUAGAUGAACAGUUCCGCCAACUUCAAGAUGGUUUAUUAGAAAAGCAAGAUACAAUUUUUCAAAAUUUGAAAGAGAUUAUCCAAAAUAGUACUCACGUAUCGUCACCAGAUUAUUCAAGUGGUCCAAAAUCCUCAGAUUCUGCAACAGUUAUACAUGAGGAUCAUCGUAAAGAAGUUGCUCAUAUUAGGCACGAAAUUACCGUUUUAAAACAGAUACAUAGCGACCAAAAGAGAUCGCUUCAAAAUACUAUAAACGCUAUCGUGGAAAAACUACAGAAAUUCCAGAGCCUUUCAAUAACUACAGGAAAGUCAGCUAAUCGCGAUUAUAUGGAAAAGUCCCAGUCGAAGUUAUCCGAAGUUUCUGAUAAUCUUUUGAGUAAAGUUGACGAUCUUCAAGAUGUCAUUGAGGCAUUACGUAAAGAUGUGGCCAUUAGAGGUGCGAGAACACCCAAGAAGAAGAUUGAAAAUGUAUCGUCUGAAUUAGACUCCGCUAAGAAGGAUUUGGAUCAAAUGAGAAAUUAUAUAGAUGUCGAAAAGCCAAAUUGGAAAACUAUUUGGGAAGCGGAAUUAGAUAGGGUGUGUGAAGAGCAACAGUUCAUGACAUUGCAAGAAGAUCUCGUAUUUGAUUUACAAGAAGACUUGAAUAAGGUUAUGGAGACAUUUGAUUUGGUUAAAUUGUGCUGCGAACAACAGGAAAAGGCCCCAAAGAAGAAUAAGGGAAACCCCAUUCUUCCGAUAGCCAAGCCAGGCACAUAUAAUAUGAUCCGCGAUCAAGUCUUGACUGAAGUUCAGAAUCUCAACCCAGAUCAUGACAGUAGAGUGGAAGCCAUUAAAAAGGCAGAAAAACUAAGAAACAGAGAGAAAGAGUACAAGGAAAAUGAAGCCUUUGAAGAUGAGUUGGGCAAUUUCGUUGAGAAAGGUAACUUCAAAAAGGCCGGUGGCAUUGAGGAGAUAGAACGCCUAAGAAAACAAAAAGACGAAGAAAAUCUGCGUGUUAAUUUUGGUCUGAUAUAG